AUGCUUCUUGACCUUAUUUUGCUAGUGCACGAUUCGGAGAUGCAUAUAUUCAGAGUUUUGCUUUCAAGAUUGUACAAAUUUAAGCCUCUUUUUAGAAAAGCACCAAAAAACCUGCACCAUCUGAAUUCCAUGAAACCCUGAAACUAUCUUACCCCAAUACUGUCUGAACUUACGCUUUCGGAACACGAUUGAGAGAUCCAUAUUUUCAGAGCUUUUUUAAAAUAUAAGAACCCAUAUGCUACAUUUUCCCCCAAAAAGCACCCAAAGCCAAGCCACAGCAGUUUCUAUGAAACUCUUGAGCUCGUCUACAUUAAAUUAAUUUUUAUUAUUGACUCAUAUUUUUAUUUAAUGAAGUACAUUGGUGCAACUCAUUAUAAAACUGGAUACCAGCUCUAUUAUGCUCAUAGACUAGCAGAUCUAAAAACCAAGCCAGAUUUCAUAUUUGAAAUAAGUGAAUUUUUUAAGCUUGCAGGUGCUGGAUGAAGGAAUCUGCCCAAAGAGGAGAAAGAGGUGUGGAUUUCAAGAGCAGAAGAGGAGAAAAAAGAAAAUUCGAAGAGGGAGCCAGCUUUCAUUGCAAUUCCAUCAAAAAAUAAACAUUCUGAAAGUGCAGAAUCCUGUUCAUCAAGCGAAAGCUAUGGUGAGAAAAAACAUAAAAGGAAGAGAGAUAAGCAAAAGGACAAAAAUAAGUCUAAAUCUGAUAAAAAAUUCAGGAAAAGCCACAUAAGCAAAAACGAGUCUGAAUCAUCUGAAAGCGAUAAAAGUGGCACAGAGAGCGAUCAUAGCUCUGGCAGAAAGAAGCAGAAAAAUAUCAGAUUAAAUAAGCACUUCAGAUUUCAAUAAUAAUAAGCUCGUCUAAAUUAAGUUUAUCAAGGGAUUGCGAGACUUAGCUGCAAACAUGAAGCUAACCUAGCUAAAAAAGAGACAUAGCUGCUAAUUUAGCAGCUGAGCUGUCAAAAACCUAUAAAAAAUUUCAAUUGGCCAGUUAAAAAUUAAUGGUCUGCAGCUAAAAAGGCCUAUUAAAAAUUAAUGACGGCUAGCCACUUAAAGUUGCAAAACAAGCGGCAUAGUUGCAAAAACCAAAAAUGUUAGGCGGCUUAGCUGACAAAUUUUGAAAAACAGUUUUUUUCUAAUUUUCAGGAAGCCAAACCCCACACCUCUAACUCACGGGUAGCAAGUGCAAGCCCUCAUCAGUCGGGAGCAACACAGUUAGAGGCCGUGCUCAGACUAGCAAGCAAGCAGUGGAGCAUUAUGGAGGUGAAAAAGACUUGACCUUGAGCCUACUAGGAGCUUUUCGAUACUCUUAAUUAAGUUUAAAUUUAUUUUCACCUAUAAAAGUUUCCUAUUGAACAAAAAAAACUAUUCCAAUUUAAAUAGGGGUUAAAGCACUAAAAAAUGGUAAUUUUACCGAUAUUUUAUUAAAAUUUAAAGGGGAAGUAAACAUAAUAUAUGCCGUCCUCUUAUUUAUCUUUAGCAUUGUAUUCCAAGUAAAUGCAAGCUAUUUAAAUUACUCGAUUAUAAAUUCUCUAUAUUUCAUCAAUUAUUUAUUUUUAUAAUAA